AUGGGCGAAGGAAAAGAGUUUGGAAAGCGCUUCACGUUUGAAUCGAAGUUGAACUGUCCGGCGACAGUCUUCCUCGUGGACAAAGAUACGGAGGAUUUCCGCGAAUUCCACAUGAAACGAGUGGGAACAAAAGAGGCUGAAACUUUACGGACGGGCGUUGAACUCGUAGAUUUAGAUAAAAAUGGAGAAGAGAAAGAAAAGAGAUUCGUCACGGUCGUACGCACUGUCCCGGGGAUAAAACUUCCGAUGGUAGUGAAGCCUUUAUUGAAAGGUGGACACGUCGAAUUUGUCGACACGCGCAGCACGUCACCGAACGCCCUUGACGACUUUAUGAAGGGGAAGACGAAGACGCACGAGACAAUGUUUCGAACGGUGAAUAAUAUCACAAAACAUGCCGUAGUAGACGGGGUGAUAUCAAUAAUUCCAAUAACAGCAACAACGUGUAAAGUCGUAGCUAGCGGUUUAUGUCACGUCACGCUCGGUUCUCUCGGUAGACUGAUUGAGAACAUAAUCGUAAACGGGAUUGGGAAAUCCUACGAGCAGUUGCCAGAAAUUUGCGACGAAUGGCUCAAGCAUAAGCGAGAUGUUUUGAAGAAAGGAUCCGCUAAGAAAAGUGCAAAAGUUUCUAAAUCAAAAGCUAAGACAGAAGAUAACGAAAACGAUAACGACAGCGAGUCAUCUUUUGCGACGGCGUCGACUGAAUUCAACGAAUCCGCAGGAAGUUCACAAAAUCAGAUCUUAGAUAUUGAUUCAUUCGCAGCUCCGCUGACACCCAUAUUUAAUAGUAUCUUAUCUUUUAGCGGCUUUGGUGGUUCCUCUUCUAAUAGGGACGAAGAGGAGGAGGAAGAUGAGUUAGAUGGUGAUCUGGAAGAAAUGAAAAAAGACAUUAGCUUUGAGGUGGUGGAGCAAAGUAUAGAUGCCUCAAACGCGAACGGUCUUGGUGGUAAGAAGAAAGUAGUAAAAGUAGAACGAUCGAUGAAGAAAAGCAGCAGUGGUUUCACUUGCUGCUUCGCAUCGCCUGCGGUUGAGUCUUGA